GUACAAUUGUGGUCCGUGCGUCCUAAUUCCAAUAGUUUCUGCAAAGUGAAUCCAUCAUGCACAAAACGGAUGUCACAGAGCUAGGUAUAUCGAAGAAUCUUCUUCAGAUGAAUUUCAUGCGUCGAACCCUGGUGGAAAAGGAAAAAGCUACACCUAAACAACAAUCUGACCUGCUUCCGAAUCCAGAGGAGUAUCCUUUUAACCUCCCUCCUGUUGUUAAAGAUCACCUGGAAAAGAUGGUUGCUAUUCUGAGGUUCAGGCCGAAAGUAACGCAUGACAAAAGCCUGUUUGAAAUAUAUGGUGUACCUGCUGGAUUCAGACAAAGCUACGGUGGUUUCAACACCACACAAAACACAGUCACGCCCGCUUUGCUUGGUAGUGAAUCCCCAUCGACUCCGACGACCUCAUUGCGGAAGAAUCGUGAUCAUUCGAUUACUGGUAACCGGUUUCAGCCCCUCUCAGAACCAAAAGCCAGUCGUAAGCGAGGUCUAAGGCUCACUUUCCACUGGCGUUCUACCAACUCAACCACCGUGGUCCGUACCCGUCGCUACAAUGAUGCGCAUCCAGAAAGCUGGAUAAUCUGGAUGCUAGCCCACUUCAAGGGAAACCGAACACAGUCAGCACACAGACUCGCCCGCGCGCAGGAAGCAGGUAGUCAACCGCUCUCCACAAGUCCACGGACAAUCAUGGAUUACGUGUGGCAGCCAUACUGCGGAGAAAACACGUUCCCGCCAUCCGGACUUUCACCAAGGAAUUCUCCUCUUUUGACUUGCACCCCUUUUGCAUUGUAUUUAUUUUUGUACGUGUGGCAUCUCACCAUUGUCAACUGUACUAAAAGCUUUUAUUAG